UUUCUACAGUCAGUAUUAAAAUGGGGCUACAUGUCAGCUAACAGAGCAGGACAGAUUACCUUAACAGUAAAUAGACAGAUGCACAGCAGGUGACAAUAUCAACUGUUUAAAAUACAUUUAAAGAUUACAAAGUUUUUCUUCAGGAUUAUAAGGGAUCUGUUUAUUGAGCAAAGAGUCUGACAAUGUCUCCAGAAAACAGUCUCCAAAAAUGAUGGAACCCGAAAAAAUGAUGUUGUAGCCCCCUCUCAGACUGUUGUGUCUGGCUUAAGCUCUGAGAAAACAGUAGGAAAACUGAGGAGAUUGAAGCAAAAACAUAUCUGAAGAACAGAGAAAACUCAGGCAUGCCUGGCGCUAACUCAGAUGGAGACUGCUGUGCUCAGGCUGGAGGCUUCUAUUCUUUUCCAGACUGUUGGAGUCGGACUAGGUUUUCUGCAGCUACUCAGGAGCCAAAUGCCGGAGAAAAGGUAUCUGGGGUUGCCCUCAUCACAAUUGGAGCUCUCCAGUACUCGACCUACUCACAGAUUGGCACGUUUGCAGGGAGCGGCAUGUCCAAAAUCGCCAUCGUCCUGAUUGCAGUGGGCGUCACCAUCGCCCUUGUGUCCCUUCUGGGACAUCUUGGGGCGUUCCUGAAUAAGUCCUCCAUAGUGGCUAGUUUCAUCUGCAUCCUGAUAAUCAUCAUCCUUUUGGAGAUAUUUACAGGAGCUGCCUUUUAUAUACUUCGCAGCAGGACUGCUCUUCUGCAGAUGAACAGCGGCAUCAACACCCAAGCUCGGAGAGUGGUCCACCAGUACAGCCCGAAGGACAGACACGCCAUGAACAGAAUCCAGGAAAAGUUCAGCUGCUGUGGUGCCGACUCUUACACUGACUGGUCCAGAAGUGUGGGCUGGAAAAACCAUGAUGCUGUGCCAGAUUCCUGCUGCCUGAAGAAAGGAAAAGGCUGUGGACACGACAAGGAUAAAGCGCACAAAAAGGGAUGUAUCUCAGCUAUAAAGCACUUUCUGUUGAAUAAUCUGGUGUGGGUCGGUAGUGUUUGCAUUGCUCUUGGAAUCACAGAGGUGUUUGGAGUGUUAGUCGGCGUGUGUCUUUGUCUGGACAUUAAAAAAAAAAACUAUGAGAAUAUCAACUAAUCUACUAUCUCAGCCAUCCUUACAUAUCAACAAACAAAUAAAUUUGUGUGAACAUCA